AUGGCUUCCGUACUAUCCUCGUUCUUCUCCCGCGAUCCAAAAUCACAGUUCCCUUACGAGUUACCACAGGGCCCAGGCACAUACCACAAUGGACUGAAUUUUGCUGAUAGUUUCAAAAAGUCGGAGCCGGAUGAGUUGGCCACCGUUUUUUGGACCAGUGGUCCGCAUUCGACCCUUAAACUUCAAGCACAGAAGCUUCGCACUAUGCGGCAUCCAGAUAUUCUCACAUUUCAAGAUAGUAUAGAGGUGGAUAACACAUUUUAUUUGGUAACAGAGAAGUGCAAGCCAUUAUCAGUCUAUCUAGAGGAUAUGUCCUUAAAUGGUACUCAGAAAGAAUUUGUAGUUUCAUGGGGACUUUUUAGAGUUAUGAACGCUCUCAAGUUUCUUCAUGAAGCCAAUCUUAGCCAUGAAAAUGUUAGAAAAUCUAUUUAUGUUACGGCAGGUGGUGACUGGAAACUUGCUGGUUUCGAUCGUGUAACUCAGUUCAGCUCCCCACGCUCGGACUUGAAUCAAUUAGCAAUUCUAUUAUGGGAAGUGUUCAACGGGUUCAAAGAAGGUAUAACUAAACCAGAAGCUCCCGGACGAAUGCCACAGAAGCUCCACGAUUUGUAUAAGAAAAUAGCUUCACCUGCUGCUGGUCGAACAUCAGUUUCAGAUUUGAUAAAAGAGAGCGUGGCGGCUUUUUUAAAAACAAAUUCGUUGAUACUUUGUUAUUCUUGGAAGAGUUCCAUUGAUUUUCUCUCCACAUUGUUGUUGUGGUAUAUAUGUGGUCCUUUGCAGACAUAUGAGUAUGGUGAUGCUGGUCCUAAUAUUUUGAUUCCUCUUUUCAAACUUGGACGUUUAUUAGCUGAAGAUGAAUAUCAGAGGAGAAUUGUGCCAUGUUUAGUAAAGCUUUUCGGAAGCCCGGAUCGAACGACACGUGUUAAACUUUUAGAGCGUAUAGAUGAGUUUGCUCCACACUUGACUUCCCAAGUCGUUAAUGACAAAAUAUUCGCAAACCUCGCAUCUGGAUUCCUUGAUACAUCACCCGCUGUUCGUGAAAGUACAGUCAAAGCGAUGGUACCUCUAGCGGAAAAACUGAACUUUAAUAAUCUCAAUGUGGAGUUAAUGAAAUAUCUGGCCAGGCUUCAAGGGGCGGAUGAACACGGUGGCAUUCGAACGAACACCACUAUUUGCUUAGGUAAAAUUGCAAGUUAUCUCGAUCCCUCCAAGCGGCAAAUGAUUCUGCUGAGUGCCUUCGCAAGAGGAAUGAAGGAUCCAUUCCCACCCUCUCGGAUGGCUGCUGUUUUAGCUCUGUCUGCUACACAGCAAUUCUAUUCACUCGUUGAAAUUGCCAAUCGUGUUCUACCUGCACUCUCGCCAUUAACAUGUGAUCCUGAGAAACAGGUACGAGAUCAAGCAUUCAAAGCCAUAAAAGGGUUCAUGGAGAACUUGGAGAAGGCGAGUGAACAUCCAGAGUUAAUACCAGAAAUCGAGUCGCAAGUGAAAGCUGGUGGUCGGUCUCUGCUUAACAGUGACAAGGUUCCUCAAUGGGCAAGUUGGGCCUUGAAAUCACUUUCUGGUAAAUUCUACAAAGGAAAUCCACCAGCAGAUGUACGGCCAACAACUUCUCCAAGUAGUAACGAGACUUCUGGAACCGCGGAACGACCCACAAGUUCAAUAGAUGAAUGGGCCGAUGCCAUGGAGCCGCCAGUUCCUUUGAAAACGGAUGAAGAUGAUUGGACAGGCGGAUGGGAACCACUCGUAUGUGAAAGUUUAGAUGUAUCAUGUUUGUUAAGAUGUCAAUAG